AUGACCGCAACACAAUUCAUCAAGGAUAUCAACUGUGACAUCGGCCGCCUUAACGCUGCAGCAGUAAAGAGCUACUGCUUUCUGCUCGCACUUGCUCCGCUGCUCGCCGCCGCUCGCACCUAUGAUCCGAAGUAUUGCGACCUCAAGCUUAUACGAGGACUUGAAACUGAGGAAUAUAUUGAUUUUAAUAUAAUCACUCCUGAUGGCCUUGUUAACAUUGAUGAUAAAUGCAGCCGAGCAGGAAGAGAGUUGGUGGGCGAGGAUGUCGCCGUGUGCAAUUACCCAUUUUCUAAGCCCAUAAUUAGUACGCUUGUUGGCGCCGAUAAUCAGUUCAAGACAGUGAGCAUAGACUGUCCGAGUGGUAUCCCUGGGUGCUCGCACCUCAAUGUAAACGUGAGGCAGUAUUGCAAAAUGGUGACACCGCCUGUUACUGUACGGGCAUUGCAAUGAUGCAAGUUGGUAAUAUUAUUAUAUAUGGUAAUUCAUUUAUAAGUAUAUUAUAUUAUAUACAAUAUAUGUCACUGGAUUACAUACA